ACUGGCAUUUCAUGUAGGGAUGUAACUGUGUUAAUAAAAGCGCAUAUAGGCUGUUUAUUAAAAAAGAAAAUAUAUAUAGUGAAAUUUCCCAUUGUAUCAUAGAAACAAUUCUUUGUACAACAAUAAAGGUGGUGAUGCAAAUCAAAACUUUCAGCGCUAUUUUGAUCAUGUUCAAGUUCGUCAUUAACUCUGUUGGUUUCCUGCUACACGGCUCUGCUGGUCCUCUAACAGCCCGGCUUACAGGAGCUGUACUGCUGCCCUGUUUCGUGGACAGACCCCUGCCUUUGGAGGAGCUGGAGGUGGACUGGAGAAAGACUGAUUCAGACACCAUCGUGCACCUAUUCCAGGGGGGUCAGAGCAGACCUGAAUCACAGGGGGAUGCCUACAGGGGCAGAGCGCACUUCUUCUCUCAGGAAAUCCCCAAAGGCAACUUCUCUCUGCUGCUUGAGGGUGUGAGGACUGCAGAUGCAGGAGUGUACAAGUGUGUGGUUUACACAGAGCAGGAGCAACGUGAAACACGGGUGGAAAUACAGGAAGCAGAGCGACUGGUGGUGACGGGUGCAGAUGAGCCUGUCUAUGCACAUGCUGGAGAGGAUGUUACUCUCAGCUGCUCUGUGGACACCCAUGUUAAUAUGACAGAACUUCAGGUGGAAUGGAGAAAGACAGACGAUGGGGGCAUCUUGGUGCUUCUGUAUGAUGAUGGAGAGAACAGACCAGAGUCACAGGAUGGGAGAUACUCUGGAAGAGCUGAAUUCUUCACUGAGAAAAUUCCUAAAGGAAACUUCUCAAUGAAACUGAGGAAAGUCAGGACUGAAGACAAAGGAGAGUUCAGGUGUGAAGUCCACUCAGAUACUGAUUCUGCCAAUACAACUGCUAGGAUAGCAGCACUGGGUUAUUCCUCCUUGCAUUGGCUGAUUCUGGGGCUGUGCAUCGCUGUCACACCUGUAGUCCUACUUACUGGUGCUUUAUCUGUCAGGCAUUUAACAAGGGGAGAUGAAAGCAGACAAACUCUGUUGAGUCACUGUUCACAUGUUACAGUUCCACAGAUCAUGGUUUCCACAACCUUCAUCCUGUGGGGUGUAACUGAAGGAUCCACAGAAGAGGCUGUUACUUGUACUGCCAUCAGUCUGCUGUAUAUCCUGCUGUUGUUUUAUAUGGCUCCGUAUCAGAAAUCAUUCACAGUUACAUUUUGGAAAGUUAUCCUCAACAUUCUGAAAGCUGCAUUUCCCAUCAUUAUGGUUGGUGUCCUUACAGGUUCUUUCAUUGAGAUCUUCGUGAAAUAUUCCCCAUCUCCAGCUGAGAAAGCAAAAUUUGGAGGAAUGUUUGGUGGAAUCAUAAUUAUGUUCAUCUUUUUUCUUAUAUUCCGAAUUGUCAACAUGUUGGUUUGGAUAAAAUAUUCAGAAGACAGUGAAAAAUUAGGGAAACUCCUUUCCUACGUAACAAGAAUCACUGGAGUUACAUUCCUGGUCAUCAUGGUUUCAUCCAUCAUUGCUGUCAGUGUUUAUAUGGCAAAAUACUCAGAUCUAGCCUGGAGAGAACAACUUGCAACAUUUUCCACUUUAUUAAUGUUUCUUUUCAUCAUGGUUUUAUUCCCAGUUGGUGUCAGUGUGUUUUGGAUAAUACGCUCCCUAUGGAGGGAAAGAACAGUACGACUUGAAGACGUUCUUGAAAUCAUGGGUGAUUUCCUGUAUGAUCCCAGCCUGUUUAACAUGCUGUUCCUUGCUAUUUAUUCCCAACUCCUUGGCUGGAUGAGCAACACUUUUAAAUUAGGUGAGUUUCCCUGCAUUUUCAUGCUUAUGUGUGUAAAUGGAGGUCAGUGUUUCUAAUACAUUUAAUAACUUCUGCUGUGUGGAGGCUCAGUGUGUCACGACCGGGUGUAAGGGGGGGCAAAAAAGGAGGCAGAGAUACAUAGGUGAGGAAGGAUGAGAACAGGGUUUAAUACGGGUAAAAUCAGGGUACGGGACAGGAAAAGCAGGGAUAGGGCAACUGGAACACAGCAGAACCAGGUGCAAACACAGAGAGCAAGGACUAGCACAGGUAGGGAAACACAGGCCAGGGAUUUAAGGUCUAAAUGAGGACUGCUGGGGAGCUGUGGCUUAAACAGGCAGAGGGGAAAAGAGUAGACAGUAGACAAUAAUUAGGGGAGUAGACAGUUAUGUGUGCACGCAUGAUAGAGGGUCCCGUACGUUGUCUUGCCUGCCUGGUGCCCAGGUAGGAGACCUUCCAGAUUGUGUGGACAAGCUUUUGGCCCCAGCUAGGGUGGAUCCAGUUGUCGUGGUGUCGUGGUGCAUGUUGGCACCAACGACAUAGGCAAGGGUAGAAGGGCUGUUCAGCAGGAUAAAUUUAUAGAAGUCGCCAAUAAGCUUAGAAGCAGAACGUCCAUGGUG